CGCAGCUCAGUGCGCCGCAACUCGCCGCACACCUCGCUACCCCCUCCGCUUCUCACAGGAUUACCAUGUUGCAUAUUACGAAAAUGUGCCCGGUUAUUCCAAUGGGCGUCGCCUGAUACCGUGCUGAAGUGUGAACCGAUUUUUUUCUUCCUGCAGCUUGUGUGAGAUGUUCUGCAUUUGCAAUGGCAAGAGGUCUGUUUCCAUGGGGGAUCUUCACCAAGCCUCUGUAUAUCCAGACCAAAUUCUCCUACCUGCACAUGAAGUACCUGUUCUUCUCGUGGCUGGCAGUGUUUGUGGGGAGCUGGAUCGUGUACGUGGAGUACUCGUCCUACACCGAGCUGUGUCGAGGGCACGACUGCAAAAACUCAAUAUGUGACAAAUACAGGAAGGGAGUCAUCGACGGCACGGCCUGCAGCAGUCUGUGUGACAAAGACACGCUCUACCUGGGGAAGUGCUUCACCAUGAAGCCCAGGAGCCAGGUGUACUCCGGGACGUGGGGAGACCUGGAGGGAGUCAUUAAGUGCCAGAUGGAGGAGGCUCCUCAUUAUGAUUUAGGAAAUGAGAUGGAGUACAGGAAGAAGUCUGAAGCCUUCAACCAGCCCACCAAGGGGACAUCUGUGGAAAAGUUCAGAGAGAUGAUCCUCAACCACCUAAAGUCUAAAGUGGGGGAUCAGUCCAACCUUGCAGACCUGGCGACACAAGUCCUGUCAAUCACAGACACCAACAAAGACGGGCACAUCUCGCUGCCUGAGGCCCGCUCCACCUGGGCUCUGCUGCAGCUCAACGAAUUCCUGUUAGCGUUGGUCCUGCAGGACAGAGAGCACACGCCCAAGCUGCUGGGCUUCUGUGGAGACCUGUAUGUGAUGGAGAAGGUCCCGUAUGCCCCCCUGUACGGGAUCAGUCUGCCCUGGAUCAUGGAGGUGUGGAUUCCUGCCGGUCUGCGCCGAAGCAUGGACCAGUGGUUCACCCCCUCCUGGCCUCACAAGGCAAAGAUCUCCAUCGGACUGCUGGAGCUGGUGGAGGACGUCUUUCACGGGACUUUUGGCAGCUUCCUCAUGUGCGACGUGAGCGCCACCCGUUUCGGCUACAAUGAUCGCCACGACCUGAAGGUGAUGGACGCGCGCUACAUUGUUCCUGAGGCCAUCUUCCAAGAAAACAUCAGGCAGCAACGAUGUGAUGUGGAUGAGGAUUGUCUCUACGGGGCGGACUGCAUCACUUCCUGUGACCUCACAAAGCACCGCUGCACCCCCGAGGUCACCAGGCCGAACCUAGCCAAAGCCUGCGAGGCCCUUAAGGACUACACUCUGAGAGGGGCCCCGGCUGAUGUGAGGGAGGAGCUGGAGAAGCAGCUGUACGCCUGCAUCGCUCUGAAAGGCUCCUCAGAACAGACGGAGAUCGAACACUCACUCAUUUUGAACAAUCUCAAGACUUUGCUUUGGAAGAAAAUCUCUCAUACCAAAGACUCCUAAGCAUUCAGAGGCACAACAUCUAUUCCUAGAAGUUUUUAAAUAUUGUCCAAUCUCUGCAACAUGUUUAGGAUUCACCUUUAACCCUCUUGACUAAAGGAAUAAAGCUGUUCAAGUAAUCUGUGUUAAUGCUAGAGCAACAUGUGCAUUUUAAAAGCCAUGACAAUGGGAAAUCAAUUAAUGUGACUAAGUGAUCAAUAAAUGUGACACCUGAAGUGAAACACCUGGAUAGAGACCGUAACCCUUUGCAGAGCAGUCUUUCAGUUUGAGAGCACUUUAAACUGUCAUAACUUUGAUCUGCUUAUCCAAGUUCUAGAAGUUAUGUCAGUUUGCAGAAACUAUUUCAUUGACAAUCAAUAUUAAAACUAUGGAAUCCUAAAAGAGACUACAUUAAACUCUAUUAUACCAACCCAGUUUAAGUAGACCGUUAUGAGAUUUAAUUUUCAAAGCAGUAUCCCAAUGUACACAAAUACAUUUCAAUGUUAUAUAUUCAGUAGGUAUAAGAUUUGAAAAUGCACUGUCAUCCGAUUUACCAUUCAUGCAAGCAAUACUGAAGCCAAAAUUAAAAUGCUUUGUAACAUUUAGAAAAUUAAAGCAUUUGAUAUUGUCAGACUCCUACCCUGUUGGUUGGAAUUGGAUGCAGAGUUGAGUUGCAUUAACUCAGUAAUUACAUUACGUGCUUUCAUAGCAAACUGGCUAAUCAGUCUAUAAACCAUGAUGUUUCCAGUGGUUAAAUGACUGUUAAGAGAUCCCGUAAAUAAAGGGCAUCAAGAAGCCCCAGACACUGCUGCAAUCUACAAGUAGGAUACCAGAGGGUUGGAUUCUUUUUCAAUAGAUUUAUUAGAACAAAUCUUGAUGUGUGGAACGGAGCAGACUGACUCCUCAUUCUGCAUCCUCCAGUUCUUGAGCCCGGAGGAAGCUGGCCUUUUUCUGGGCGACGCGGUCUUUCCUCUGGGCCAGGGAGAGCUUGGCACGGUUCCACCUGUCACAGCACAGGCAAAGUUAGCAUUUACAGGCUGCUCAGUGUUUUUGUAGCUUCCAGCUAUCUUGAGCGUUUCAAAUCGCCAACACUUGGUACAGGUGAAUUUUUCAUCCAUAUUUUAACAACAUUAAAAAUGUCAGCAUUUCUCACCUCUUCUUCUUGACAUCCUUGACGGGUUUCUUUUCAUGGACUGGGUUUUCGCGAAUGCCAUCAUGAGCCUUUUUGUACAUUUCCUCGAUCUGAAAGAAAGAUUACCAGUCAAAUGCAUGUCCAAGUGUUUACUGCACAGAAUUCCUUCUUUACUCUUACUACCUUUCUUUAACUUUUCAGAAUAUUUAAGCCAUAUAUAUGAAAAUAGUUUUGCAAAUAUCUGUGUAUUGAGCAAUUAUUAAGUCUUGUGAUUGAGCGGUCGAUUUAUACACAUUCUAGAUUUAUCCACAUUUUUAAUUUGAAGAUAUCUUUUGGAGCUCUGAUUCGCUAGCAAAAUGUAGGAAGAAGCUGACUCAGGCACCAAUGUUCAGUAAAAGGUUCAAUCGCUAAAUUAAAGCUGGAUUAAAUGUCCAAAAUGUAUGAAAACAUUUUUUUGACAGUCGGUGAACCACAUUGAUCAUACUACAUUCAUAAUGAUUUCCGAUCUCUCAUGAGGAAUUACUAAUGCCCAUGUAAAAUCUGCCCCUUAUGAUAAAUAGCUCUUCAGCCAUGAGAUAAGUCGUCACAACAUCACACAUUUCUCCCAAUGCAAUAACCCCCCCUACUGGCUGAAGUAGUGCAUCGUGGACAGGCAGUUUAAUAAAGCAGACGAAGGACUUACCGAAUCAGGAGUCACUCCGUUCUUGAUGAAGCGGGAGAACUGCUUCUUGUACGCGUCCUCGUCCUCUUCCAUCAGGUAGCUCAUGUACUCGGACACGUUGACGCCCAUGAUGUGCUUGCGGUGAACCUCAGCAUUGAACUCCUUGCUCUCUGUGUCGUAACCAGGGAAACGCUU